UAACUAAUCUGCAGCUGAGUUGCAAGACUUGCGGCAUCGAAAGAAGCUUUCGGAAGUGGGUGAAGAGGUAAAUGCUGGCAGUAGUGCAUAGUGUGUGAGUGUGCAGGCAGGAGGAGGAUAAGAAGGCACCGAAAAAGAGAGAAGAAAAUAAAACAAAGGCAAAACAAGACAGUAGACGGAAAGAGAAUAAAUACGAACAAAGAAGACAACACACCACUCAAAAACACAUCAUUAUGACAUACCGGCUUUUUGAGGGGAAGGAUCAUGCCUCCGUCUACCAAAGGUAUCGCUUUACACCUCCAGAUGAGCUCAAGAACAUCAUUCUUCAAUACCUUGAUAAAAAGAAAGGAAAGCCACAUGUGCUGGCUGUGGAUCUGGGAUGUGGGACAGGUCAGAAUUCCCGGCUAUUGGCACCGCACUUCCAGGUAGUGGUGGGCAUCGACAUCAGCGAGUUUCAACUGGAAGAGGCCAGAGCUGUGCCAGGGUACCCUAACAUCACAUACAGGAAGGGGACAGCAGAGGAGCUUCCUUUUCCAGAUGGCUCUGUGGACUUACUGACAGCGGCGUCAGCAGCCCACUGGUUUGAUCCGCCCAGGUUCCUGGCUGAGGCAAAUCGGGUUUUAAAACCCCAGGGUUGCGUGGCUCUGCUGGGCUUCAGUGACUCUUACACCAGACUUUAUUUCAAGGACUGUGGAGAAAGACUGAAUCAAAUUUGUGAAGAGGUGAGGCAAGUACUGUUGCCAUUCACUAGCAAUCAAGUAGCUGUGGCUGACGGUAAACUGCAACAUCUGUACUCAGCCAUUCCUUUUCCUGACAAAGAGAGGGUUGAGUGCAUUCAGGUGAACUCGUCAAUCUCAGUGAGGAACCUGGUGGGUUUCAUUGAGUCCUUCUCCAUGUUCCAAGCCUACAAGAAGAAAGAUCCUCAGACUGCUGAAGAGCUGCUGCUUAAUACUCAGAAAAGGUUUCUGGAGGAGAUGGGAGUCAAGUCUCUUGACACAGAAAUGGAGCAGGAACUGGAAUAUUUCUGUGUCCUGGCAUCAAAACCGCAAUAAUCACAAGCAAUAUGGCAUUGGGUGUGUGUUUUGAGAGAGAGUUUGAUAAAAUUGAUGAAGUUCAAAAUGUUUAAUUAUUGAUGUGUGAAGAAGUGCGCUUGUUAAAUGUUUCUAAAUAAACCCUUCCCCUCCAGAGUUUAAUUAUUGUUUCCUCAGUGAUUGUCUUGGAUAAUAAGUCACCUGACAAAGACCUUUGACCAGACUUACAAUAUAA